AUGGCACAACACGAGGGUGACGCUGAAGCGACACAUCUUACCAACGUGUCGCGACGCGAUACGGGCGGACGUGGAGAUCCUUAGUGAAAUUCGGCAUCCCAACGUACUGCUGCUGAUGGCCACGGCGUCUACGCUCGAGUACGGCCUCGUCUCCGUCUUCGAGUUAAUCGACUGCUCGUUGUACAAUUACAUGCACGAGCAGGACGAGCGAAUAAGCGUGCAAGGAGUCAUGCAGAUCGGCAUGAAAUUGGCGGACGUAUUGAACUACUGUCACAUGCGUGGAUACAUUCACACAGCGGUUAGCUCGUACUGCGUUUACUUUGCAUCCGAUGCGACUGUCAAACUUGGCGGAUGGGAGCUGGCCAGAGAAAUUGACAAAGUUUACGUGGAACGCGAUUACGAAAGAUAUCUGCGAUUAGAAAACUUCAAAUGGCAAGCACCGGCGUUAUGUUACGGGCACCAUCCCAAUAAAAAAAAUCGAUGUAUACUCUUUAAUGCUGUUACUUUGGGAAAUGUGCACAGGAAGUGUACCAUGGAACGGAUACGAUGAACAAAAUGUAGAACGGCAGCACAUGAUGCGAAAACGAGAUGUUAUUAUAAACUUACAGAAUGUCCCAUCGAUUCUCC